GUGUGCAUCAGCCGGUGGCUUUAUUCUGCCAACACCUGCGCCAUCUGCCGCAGGGACCUGUCGUCCAUCCCAGCGACUCCAGCGGUCGGCGCACCGCCUGCGGCGGAACGGCGAACGGGGCCGCCGCAGCUCAGAAGUCAGAGGCAGCACGUGGCGGUGGCGCAGCUGCCGCUGUCGCCCGCCACGGGCACGUCGGCGCCGGCCAUCUUCGGGUCGCCGCUGAGCGGCGUCGUGCCCGACGGCUCGCCGGGCGCGGGCGUGCACCAGGCGGCGGACGCCGCGGCGCUCGCGCGGCCUGGGCGCCCCGGCCAGUGGCCGUAG